GUUGGACUAACGUCAUAUCCGGUGGUGCGCAGCCCUUUACAGGAUGUGACGGUGUGCUUUUCUUCAGUGUCCGCCACUUCAUGUAGCAUACUGUCAAAAAUGCCGAAACGUUGCGUAGCGGCUGGGUGUUGUAAUUACCCAAAUGAACACAUUUCACUGUUCUCAUUCCCAAAAGAUGAAAAGCUUCGAGACCAAUGGACGCAGCAGGUUCAGAGAACCAGAGGCAGCUGGCUUCCCACUCCGUCUUCUGUUCUCUGUAGCGAGCAUUUCACUGCAGACUGCUUCGAGGAGGCGCCCGGAUUAAAGGAGUCUUUCGGUUUGGAAGUACGCUACAAACGGGUUGUUAAACCGACUGCUGUCCCUUCGAUUUUUGAGAUGAUACCCACAUCUGAAAACAGUACCAGCAGAACCAAACGGCACAGAGAAGCGCCGGUUCCCAGACACUCCCGGAAAAGAGUCUUCCACAGCAGUAUGUCUGCCAAUCAAGCUGCCGUAACUUCAAAGAGGAGCUCCUUUCUUGAUCACAAGAUGCCAAAUGUUAAAAUAAAAGAGGAACUAGAAUCGAAGAAGAUUACUGAGGCUAACGAGGAACAAGAACCAACCAAAGACGAACAUGUUGAACGGUGGGUCUACGAGGAUGAAGGUCAGAUGGAGAUUUCUGCUUAUGAAAAAAUAUUCCACAAUGUACCAGAACAACGGCAGAUUGGAGCAAUGAAGAAGGAACCAGACCCAGUGCAGAUAAAACAGGAGCCAGAACCAGAACAUAUGAAGGAGGAACCAGAACCUUCGCUAAUUAAACUGGAACUAGAACCUGUGCAGAUGAAACGGAAGCCAGAACCUGUAUUGAAGAAACAGAAAGGUCUUUCCAGUAAUGCUCAAACCCCAACGGUUGUAAACACAAAGUCAAGAGGAAACACAAACCAAAAAAGCUCCUCUCUGCACAAGGCAACAAACCUAAGAAAAGAAACAACAGCAGGCGAAGAGGAACCAGUGGAAACAAGAGGCCGAAAGCCUCCGGAGCAAACGGGGGGCCGAAAGCCUCCGGAGCAAACGGGGGGCCGAAAGCCUCCGGAGCAAACGGGAGGCCGAAAGCCUCCGGAGCAAACGGGAGGCCGAAACCAGGGGACAUCAGCUCGCCCAUUAACAAGGUUUUAAAACUUUCCUCCAACUGUUUUGAUUGAGGGAUCUGCCUUGUUUCCAUUGCACCACUUCUUUCCCAUCGAUUAAAAAACCUGACUUGAGUGUUGAGGCUUCAUGUGAACCUUGUAUUCAACCAGCAACAAAGGACCGGAAGUAUCAUUUAUGUUUAAAAUAAUCUAUAAACAUUUGCAUCUUUUCACCUAAAACCUAAAUCAACCAGAAUAAAGCUGUAUUUGCAGAACAGUUA